AUGAGCCUUGCAGCGCCAUUGCGGAGCUGUGUGCUUGACAAGGAGGAAGCAGCUGGCAUGAUCAUGUGCGAUGGCGACUUCGAGUCGAUCGCCACCAAUGAUGGUGCCGUGAUUGCCCAGCUCAUCUGCUUGCAGACCGACCUUCAGGAUGACAUGCACGUAGCAAAGCUGGUGACCAGCGUGGAAGGGGUCGUGGCACUGUGCAAGAUGCUGGGCGACGGCAGCGCCUGCGUCGCCCCGAAGCCCAAGGUGAACUUCGAGAGACUCGAGAGGGGCAAGCUGCCAAUCAUUGGCGUUCUGGGCGAGCAGCUAGCGAUCCGCGGCUUCCUCGAAAGCUUGCAGCUUGCCCCGCAGGUGACGGCGAUGCUUAAGACGGUCGGGCUCUAUGCCAUCCAUCACCAGCAGCGCCUGCUCUUGGUUUUAUGGCCGGCCAAAGCCGGCUUUCAGGAUGCCUCGCACCGCAGGCCUAUGGUCAGCUUCGUGCACUUCGUGAUGCAGCUGACCACCGAUAUCCUGUGGCUGGUUGGAGAGGAGGACCUGCAGGCGCUGCAGACUCGCAGAGACGCUGUGCGGUCAAACCUUUCAAGGAAUCUGGACAUUCAGAUUGGCAUGAAGGCCGCAAGCGAAGAUGAUUGCAACUUUGGGUCACACUUCCGCUUGUCUAUCCCCACAAUUGGCACGUCUGACAUUCGCAUAUGCAGUGGCAAGAAUCGCUCUUCUCUCAGUAUGCUUCGGGUACAAGCUGCAGGUAAACAAGAAAUUCGAUUGCACAGAUCAGACACCAUCACCAACUUCUUCCGUGAGGUGAAGGACACUCACUCUGUGCAUUUCCACCCUGACCUGCAGCUGGAACAGUGCGAACAAUUCGCUCAAGUUGUUUCAUCUUCAGACUUUGCGCGGAUCCAGGGCCAGCACAAAGAGAAAAUACGACAGCUUGCCACUCAGAGACGGGAGCGGGAGCAGGCGAUAGAGGAAUCUGAGAAUCGGAAGAAAGAGGACCUCUACGUCAUGUUGAAGGAAACUGCAAGCGCAGAGAUUCUCAAGAAAUUCCCCGCUGAGUUCUUCGUGUUGAUGACAUCACAAACCGAAUGUGCAGUGUGCCUUUCAACGCUGGAUGCUGACAGUGUCCGCCUUCCUUGUGAUCCGGGCCACAUCCUUCAUCGGCGGUGCUUUGAAGAACAUUUGAAGACUAAGCGCAACUGUCCGAUAUGCAGGAAAGAUGUUGCUCGCGACGUCAGAGGUGCGGCGCUCGCUCUGGUGGACGAAGGGGCAGCUGCGCGUUUGUCAAGGCAGAUUGCCGCCAAGGAAGCUCAUCCCCUCGUGGGCUGCUGGAAGAGCACUGUUGGGGCAGAAGCCUUCAACAUUGUCAAGGAGGGCACUGAGCUGGCCAUUAAGACGCACGGUCUUCACAGCAGGAUUGUAGAAGCCCGUGGCUUGUGGUAUGCGACUGUCAUGGGUCGAGGCACGAUGUAUAUUCAGCAGGCUGCUGGCAAUGAGGACCUUCGCUUUAGGAUGCCAGAGGACAAGAGUUGGCGUGAUGCCAAGAAGGCAGGAGCAAAUCCGAACGCUGAAAACACCAGCGAUGCAUCGGUGGGAGGUAUUCUGGAUUGUAUCCAAGAAAUGUUUAGCAAUUUGCAGUUCAUGUACGCAUUUGCUGAAUUAGCUCAUGCAGAAGGCUGGAUGAAAAAGGCAAAUCUUGAUUUGGCGGACACCGAGCGCGAGAUGCUCCAGCAGUCUUUGGAGAACGGCGAAACGGUCUUCAACAAAUGGUAUGAGGAGCUGGUCCCUCCUGCAUCUCUCAUCCAAAGAUUGAACCCCUUGUCAGGAAGUGAUGGGAGGAAACAGCUCUGCGUGCAUGACGUGAGGAGGCAGCUUGUCCAGCGCACGAGCGAGUUGGAGGCAUGCAGCACAAAGCACGAGAGGUACAGUCGUGCCAUCCAGUCAUGCAGAGAUGCCUUGAACAAUUGUCUGGAGAAAAGAUUGAGAGACAUGACGGACUUGGUGUUCAAGCGUCACAUUCAAGAAUCCUUUGCUGACAAGAAGCAACUGCUACGUGCAGGUUUUGCCACUCGUGAGCAAAGGCUCAGCAGUGAGCUUUGCUGUGCCUACGGGACGGCCAUGCAAGCAUUGGCUCCAGAAAAUGCCCCAAAGGUGAUCCUUGCCAAGAUGAUGCCACGCUACUCGGGCACAUACAUUUUUGAGGGUCAAUCGGAGGUGAUCGGCGAGACGCAACUCAUUUGUGCCAUGUAUCAUUUCAAGGUCGAAAAGGCGCACUUCGAGCAUGCAAUCUCAGCUGGCCGAGAUUUGAGGGUGGCGCUGGAGCGGCUUAUGCCGUCCGACAUGCGGUUUGGUAUCAAGAGGCCUGAUGGAGUCUUGCAAGCAGGAUGCUUGGGGAAAGAUCGUGGCUUCUCUGUGUGCUACAGUGACACCGGCAAGAGCCUCAAUUUCAUCGCUCGCUCCAGAUAUGGGGAGGACUGGCUUCUGCAGCUCAAGCGAGAUGUUGAUGCCGUCGCAUGGAGUGAACAGCUCCGCAUGCUCGCUGUCUACUCCUCCGAGUCUGGGCAAGCGGGCAUCUAUGCUUGGGAUGAGCAUUUUGGGCGCCACCACGACUACUGCGCACCGAUCUCGUUGGACAACCAUCUACCUGAUGCGGAACUGUUUCAAAUGCAUUUCCUCCCAGCCACCAAGCAGCUUUGCUUUGUCUUCCGCUGCAACACCGUGAGGAUUUUUGAGCUUGUGCCCAAGUGCAUGCGCCCACGAGGCUUCUCCAUCACGCCCCAUGUGAAGUCCGUGGUCGACUCUGGUGGCGCAGCCCUGUUGGCUCUCUACCAGGGCUGUGACGCAGCCACGUGGAAGAUGGAUGUCUUCCUGACCGCGGAUGGGCGGAAGAUCAAGACCUUGACCCUGCCCCUCGCCGGCUGUCUGACACCGCCAACAGUGGAUAUUGUCUGCCUCUACGGGGUGGACUUCCUGGUCGCAGUGGGCCCAGGCAGGAGGGAGCUGCAUGGUUGGCACUUCAAGCUGCAGACUGCCGAACAGAUCUGUUCCAUGGAGCAGGUGGGAAGCGCAGAGGCGGAGGCGCAGCCCAGUGGUCUGACCACGCCUCUGGAUUUGCUCAGUCAAGUCCUCUCCAAAUUCACCAGCCAAGCAGCGCUGAGUGGCAUGAACCUUGCCCCCCAGACGACACGACUCACCGUGCUUGGUCCACAAGUGGACAGCGAUGUGGGGCCUGCCGCGGAAGUGAAUCAGUAUGUCUCCAAGCUUUUGGCAAAGCUCAAGCAAGAUACCCAGAAGCCCUCGCUAGAAUCCUUGCGCAUAGAAAUCACUUUUCUUUCUGUCGCAGUCGCGCACCCUAUGUGGGCAGUCGAUGUGGUGGCUGGCUUGACGGCCUCUGAUGUGAAUCUGACACAGUUUGUUCGCAGCCUGAUUUGCAUGGUGCCCAUGCAAAUCGCGCGGGCCGAGAAUGAGUCUUUCAUUAUCCUUAAAGAUGGUUUGCGGGAGGACGUCAGCGACUUCAGCCAUGUGAAUGAGCUGGCUGGCUUUAUUUCUUUCGGCCUGUACGAGCUGAUUCUGGAAAGCAACGAGAACCCAGUGGUUGUGAUAUCCAGUAUGGGGAAGCAGUCAACUGGAAAAUCCUACAUGCUCAACCAUUUGGCAGGAAGCUGCUUUGAUACCGCUGGCGGUCGAUGCACUGAUGGGGUGUGGAUGACCCUUCGAGAGAUGCCGGAUGUGACGUACAUCCUUCUGGACUUUGAGGGGCUGGGAUCCUUUGAGCGCUCGGCGCAGGAAGACAUGCUGCUCUCUGUCUUCAACGCGGCAAUCUCCCACGUCUCUCUCUUCCGCGCUGAGAAUCGCCUGGACUGCGACACGGCCAACAUCUUUUCGCGCAUGCAGCAGGCUGCCAAAUUGAUCCAGGGAGACAAGGAGCUCUUCAACGGCAUGUUUCAAAUUGUCGUGAAGGAUGUUGUGUCGGAUGCCAAGGAGGUGGCUCAAGAGUUCAAGCAGAAGAUCCACAACUUCUUCCUGCGACUCUACAAGGGCCGCGUCGGAAUUCUUCCAUUUCCUGCCUUGGGCCGAUUGGAGUUCUACAGGGAGUUUGAGUCUCUGAUAGAAAAGGUGCAGGCAGCGCAGGCCUCCGGAAGAUGCUUUGAAAGCGGCCGACAGUUUUUGCGGAACACGAAGUUGCUCAUGUCCAAGAUUUCCAUGAAAGAUUGGACGCCUACAGAUCAGAACAAGAUCAAAAUACUUUUGGCAAGCCUCAGUGAAUGCUUGGUGCCUGCAGUGGCCGGUGGCUGCAUGGCGCUCACAGAGGAUGGUGUGAUGCCUUUGCUGCAUCUCCGAAGUAACAAGACCUUCGUGACUCCAAAUGCUCCCAUGGAUGAUGAGCCAGAGUGCGUGAGCUCCAUCCAGGCCGUGCUUCCGGAUGAAGGCCUGGUACUGGCCAACGCAGUGGAGGAAGAUGGCUCCUGGGACAUCCGUGUCACUCCUGAGGUUAUGGCCAACUUACAGUCCAAGGUCAAGGCCGUGCAGGUUUGCACCACUGAUGAGCUCUCCAAGACAUUGCGCGCUCUUGCGAUGCGACGGCAGCAGCGCAUCAUUGCUUGGAUGGAGUCCAACCUGGAGCACAUUGCUAACGAAGGCGAUGCUCAGCGCUUGAUGAUGCAAACCAAGAUGUUGCUGGCAAGGCUGUUGCAGCGAUUGCGGCUUUGCGGCCUGGACUGUGCACAUUGCCGGCUGCCGUGCACGCUGCCUUGGGAUCACGCGGCAGAUCUCUCGCACGACUGCGGGACAGACCACCGCUGCCACGCCUUCUGCCACUACUGCCAGGAGUCUGGACGCGCCACCGCGUGCCAGCAGAGCGCCGGGCAUGCAGAGGCGCACGACUGCGGGGACGCCGCUCACACUUGCGGCCAGGACUGCUCGCUGUCCUCGCUAGGCAACUGCGGUGGUCGGUGUGUGCUGAAACCUGGGCACUCGGAGGCGCAUUUGUGCGGGAGCUUGCGGCAUCACUGCGGCAAGCCCUGCAGCCUCUCAACGUGUUCCAACGCUUGCGUGCUGCCCUUCGACCUGAUUCACGAGCGGUGCGAGUGUCACGUGAUCGUUUGCCCAAACAAGUGCUCCUUCCCCAGCUGCAGUUUCAUGUGCUCUGUCUCAGACCACUUCCAUGCGGAUGGCCGAGCUGACUGUAUGUGCGACCAGCCGCACCAAUGUCCCCGCGAGUGUCAGUCCACGGGUAUUUGCGAGAUCUAUUCUGAGCUCGUAGUCAAGAAACAAAAGUUCACCGGCAAGCACGACACCUUCGACUACGAUGCCAUAGUGACGGAGCAGAACGGCGUGCGCAAGACCUGUUGCAAGGUCGUUCCAGCCAAGAGCCGCGAGCAUGAGGGAGAGCACAUCCACUCUACCACGGAAAACCUUGUCCAUUACUGCGAUGAGAAAUGCCCCACUUGCGGCUACUACUGCACGUUGCCAUGGGGCCAUUCAGGAGAGCACGACACCCGGCAUGGGAACAUGCGAAGGACGUAUUUCGUCUCGGACCAAGAGGUGUUCACGCUGGGCUCUCGCAAGUAUGCGCCUGCAGAGUCAGGUGUGGCCGAGAUGUGCAACAUGUACUGUCACCGGGCCGGGCGCGGGCACACGCAUGUGAAGCUAUGUGCAGACUACUCCCAAGGGCGGGAGUGUUGCAGCUCUGCCAUGCCGGGGCGGCGGCAUUCGAGCCGUCGGUACAAGCCCAACCCAGACGAGCCCAAGGAUGAGUUCACCCAUGCAGCUUUCUGGGAAAGUAUCAGCUUUCGUGACCCCUGCUCCAACGAGGACAUCGACAUGUUUCGGCAAGUGCAACCACUUCUGCCCGCAUGA